AUGUUGUCAUCAACGGACUUGCGCGAAAGGCGACUUAUGCAACUCGAAAUUUGCCACCUUGUUCUCCUCUCCUGUGCGCUCGCCGCUCGCUGCGCCGAGGUUGUGAUGCCCGUGUUCUCGAACUACGUGAUGCCGUGCAACAUCUCCGAGCUGCCGCAACCCCCCGACCGGGAGCUUUUCCUGUGGUUCCAGGACAGCCAGCUCAUUCGCGCCGUCAACCCCUUCCUGCUGGCGCACGGUGAAAUCGAGUUCCGCCAGCUGACACCGAGCGCCGCCGGCGUCUACCUCUGCUGCUACGGCGGCGCCGGAAUGCGGUGGUGCGCGGACGAGAUCCACCUGAGGGUGCUGAGUGAGUGCCACGAUUCCACCCGACGAGUUUCACCUUGA